GUAUAUAGAAGUGUUUUACUGAACAGUAGAUAUAGACAUACUUCCGGAAGUAGUGAUGGCAGCCAUGCUGAGGCUAGCGGUACCUCUUCACCUGUAAACGGGGAAAAAGAGGAAAACAAGGAAAAAAAGACAAUGCCAAUGCGGUCGUCAAGUACCCUUCCUGUACCACAUCCUAGUAGUCAUCCCCCGACCCCUACCAGGAUGGUUGGUACAGGAUCAAACUUUGAGUUUGGAGAGGAGAGGGGUGAUCUCAUACAGUUUUAUAAUCAGGUUUUUAUUACACAAAUGCGAGCAUUUGCCUUAAGAUUUUCAGCAAGUCAAAAUGGGGAUGCCCCGCCUUUGUCUCCUCUUCCACCAACAAGAUGCCACACAACUUCUCCACGUCGAGUUUCCAGUAAACACUCUGUGUAUAUUUCACCUCACAAGUCCUGGGGCGCUGCAACUAAAUUACCAGACAGGAGAAUGUUGUAUUGCUUUAACAGGAGCCCCUCUAAGAGUCUAAAGGCCAUAAAUAACAUGAUUCGGUUGAAGAGUGAAAAUCGACUUGAAUUUUCGGGGAAACGUACAUUACAAAUAGACUCUAAUGAUGAACCUGCCGUUCCUCCGAAGAGAAUUAGCUUGUUUCACAAACGACUACAGGAUGUAACGUCAGAUAGACAGGAACAGGCGUCAAAGGUCGUCAUUGUGAAAUAGAUAACGUUGGUUGUUUAAAACUGAUAAUUUAUAUGCAUCAAUGGCAUGUAUGAAUUCGGCCAUUUUCAUCAUUAUCUAAAUAUUGAUUUGAUCAUGUGAAUGAAUUUAUCAAAUCGUUCUAUUUUAUCAUGUCUGCACUUGUUUGACUAUAACAAUUAAAUGACAGGAGUGGAGAUGUGUGUCUGGAGCAGAUGAAUACUGGAUUUUUACAACACUAUCGUGCAGGACACCGCAGUGACUUUUGUAAAUAGUGUAUCAUUUAGUGAAGGUUUAAUUUUAAAUCGUUCUCAUGGCCUCGUUCGUGAUGAUGAUGAUAAAAUCUUCAUCAAUUUUGAUAGUGCUUUAUAAAUAGAAAUUCCACAAACUGGUAUGCUGAAGCAGUUCAACACUUGCCCUAUUGGUAAUGUAAAGUUGACCCGAGUAGAGAACCAGGCAGUCAGACCAAAAUACACCCGUACUUAUUGCCGACUAAUUAUCAUAGUGAUACCCUUAAAAGAAAAUGGCCACUUCUAAAAUGGAAGCUGGGCGCAAGUGGUUGAGAAUUGGUUAAUUAAAUGCUGAUAUUACAGUCAAGAGUUCAAAGAAAUUCUGUAAAUCAUAAAAUACCUUUAAUAUUGUGAGCAUGAAAUUUUGUAGCUUUGACGCAAAGGAUAUUUUUUGGGGGUUGUAAAAUUUAGGGACUUGUCUAUUUUUGAAAGAAAGAAAAAUGCGAAUAAAGUAAUGCAAACUAAUAUAUUAAAGCAGAUGGAAUUAUAAAGUGAUGGGGGUUGUUAUUUCAGGGAUUGGGAGAAAACCAUUAAAAAUGAACUGUUGCACAAAUAAUAAUGAUUUUGUAGUAUGUAUGAAGUUAUCAGGGAUUUUGUUACAGCAUAUUGUGGGAUUAUAAAUGUAAAUGUUUCCUCACCAAAAAUAUUAAUUACUAUUCUGGAGAAACGGAUUUAUUGUAUGGAAAUUUUAUGCACAAGUAUAUGGUACUGACCUUUAUCAAAUGGUACUUAAUUUGUUGAGAAUUAACUCGAGCCCUGUCAUGUCUAAAAGGUAGAGUCUCUUCAGAAAUCUUUGUUAAAGCAGUUAAAAUUUAGACUUUCUAUCAUUUUCCCUAGGGUUGUGGGUUUUUAUACUGAUUUACAAUAGACUGUGUCUGAAGAUUUGUAGGUUGAUCAAAACUUCAUAAGACUGUCUGCAUAAUUGUGUCAUGUUUUCAUAAUAGACUGUGUCUGAAUAUUUGUGUCAUGUUUUCACAAUAGACUGUGUCUGAAUAUUUGUGUCAUGUUUUCACAAUAGACUGUGUCUAUAUAUUAGUAGAUUGAUCUCAAGACCACCAGCUUCCUGGGUUAUAAAUUAGGAAACCGGUCACAAAAGAUAAAUGUUUGUUGAAAAAUCUGGAAAUUACAUGAUGAAGUGUAUUAAGUUUUGGGCAAAAUUGAAAAUCUUGUUUUUAAACAAAUAGAAAAAUGAGUUACAUGUGUAUCUAUCGACUUGCCAACAUUAUAUUUAGUUUGUGUAAUUUAAAUGAAAUGCAUUUUGCUAGAUUUUCUGUUGUUACAUUUUAAUUGAUUUGAUAAAAAAGAAAAGAAAAAUCCUUAACGGCAGUCUGUUAUAAAGUUGAGAUUUUUUAACCCAGGGAGAAGGUGUUGUGUCUGUGUUUUUACAUUGACUUUUUAUAUACAUUAUAAUAUAUCAUAUAUGUAUAUAUGUAACUCUACUUGGCGCACCUCAUUGUUUAAACACGUCACAAUCCUCACUUUGAUUGAGAAAUUUCAUUUCUACAUGAACUUUGUUUAUAGCACUUAGCCAGUGGUACACUGUUUCCUUUUGAAAUAUCAGAAAAUAUUUUUUUUUCUAACAUUUUGGAAAACUGUCAAAGCUCACCAGCUUAGGUUACUGAUACAAAGAAUAUAUUUAUUUAUAACAUUGUUAUAUUUUGCACAAAUGUAAGAACAUUUUGUACAUCUGACCAAAAAAAAGGAAUGAAAGAAACUUUGUGUAGAAAAACACUUUCUUGCUUCACAUAAGCUUAAUUUUACAGAGAUUUAUGAAGGAACCAUUUUAAAGCAGUUUUCCCCCUCUGAACCAAAACGGGUGCCGCAUAUACUUUGUGUGCGACUUUUUGAGCGACUGUUUUGUUACAUAAAAAAAAAUGUUUAAUGAUGUCAAAUUAAAUUAAAGUAUUUUCUUAUACCUUGGUUGCUGACAUCGGAUUGCUUUGUUGCUGAAGUCUUUUAUCAUAUCUGCUUUAAUGAUAAAGUUGUGAGGGACUAAAUUUUCACUCUAAUUGUAUAUACAUCCUGGAUUUAAGGUUACUUUUUUCUGAACUGUGUCAAUCUCGGGAUGUGCAUUCAUUUGUAAGUAACAGUGUGUGCUGUGUGUAGAAAUGAAGUGAUUUAGGAUGAAAGAGGGAUUGUCAAAUAAUACUACCCAUACAUGCAUAUAUACAAGUAUGUUGAUUCCAACAAGCUAUUAUAUGAGAUACACAGAUAAAUGUAAAUCUCUGUUUUCUAUGGGCUGGGUAAUUUUUUGUUUUAACAGGUAAAGUUUAUCAGUU